AGAUGAAUCACGAAUAUCCCCACAACUCCCUUCCGACUCCGAUUGAGGAUAAAAUGGUGGAAUUAAUAAGAAUUGAGAAUGUGAAAUAAUUAAAGCGGGCGAAUAAGCGGUGGACGCGGAAUAAGAGGCUUAUCCUUAUUCCCCCCCCCCCACCCCUCUCUCUUCCCGUGAUCGUGCCUCGUCCCUGAUACGGCGAUACCCCUCCCCACCAUUAAUCCCCUUCCUCGGCCUCCUCGCCGUUCGUUCCACUCUCUCUCUCUCUCUCUCUCUCUCUCGAGAUGGAGUCAGAAAAUUCUCAGCCAUCUCGUUCUCAAAUCAUUGAUAUAAAUGUAGAUGUGCCAGAGGGAGCCUCUGGCCUAAACACUUCCAAGAUCUGCGCUGGCUCUACUUGUGGCCUCUCUGAUUCUGCUACUAGAUCCAAAGACGCCAAAGAGAGAAAUGCUUCCAUGCAGAAGCUACUGAUCGCUGUUGUCCUAUGCAUCAUAUUCAUGGCCGUAGAAGUAGUUGGGGGAAUCAAAGCAAACAGUCUUGCGAUUAUAACCGAUGCAGCCCAUCUCCUUUCAGAUGUCGCAGCUUUUGCCAUCUCCUUGUUUUCUCUCUGGGUUUCAGGAUGGGAAGCGACUCCCCGCCAAUCUUAUGGCUACUAUCGAAUAGAAAUACUUGGGGCGAUGGCUUCUAUUCUCAUCAUAUGGGCUUUAACCGGUGUGCUAGUUAAAGAAGCAAUAGGGCGACUAAUCCAUCCAACUGGUGAGGUGCAAGGAGUUUUGAUGUUUGCUGUUGCUGCCUUCGGUCUGGUGGUUAACAUCGUCAUGGCUAUCUUGCUGGGCCACGACCACGGACACGGACACGGACACGGACACGGACACGGACACGAUCACGGCCACGGCCAUGGACAUGCAGACCAUGAUCACGACCACCACGAGGAUGAUGAUCACAGCGAUGAUGACCAUGCACAUGGUCACACCCAUGACAUUCGCAUCACCACACAUCCCCAUCAUUCAGAGGAUGAUAAGCACAAAGAUGAAAGCAGACAUCCACUGCUAAAUAAGCCGAAAAAGAAGAAGAGGAACAUCAAUGUGCACAGUGCCUACAUUCACGUGCUAGGGGACUCCAUCCAGAGCGUAGGGGUAAUGAUUGGGGGAGCGAUUAUAUGGUACAAACCUGAAUUGAAGGUGAUUGAUCUCAUAUGCACACUCAUCUUCUCCGUUCUUGUCCUAGUGACGACCUUUAAGAUGAUGAGAGACGUACUGGAAAUUCUGAUGGAAAGCACGCCACGAGAAAUCGACACGACCCGACUUGAGAAGGGCCUGUGCGAGUUGGACGGGGUCGUGGCCAUUCACGAGCUGCACAUAUGGGCCAUUACUAUAGGAAAAGUUCUCCUUGCUUGCCAUGUUACUAUCGCUCCGGACGCUGAUGCCGAUCUCGUGCUCGAUAAGGUGAUAGGAUAUAUCAGAGAGGAGUAUAACAUCAGCCAUGUUACUAUACAGAUAGAACGCCAACAGAUUCAACAUGCAUGAGCAUUUUUCAGACCCAUAAUCCCCUGAUGCGGUUUCUUGUUUCACGGUUUCUCCGGUUAACUUUUCUUAAUUCUUUUGACUGAAAUGGUAGUUCAUGGCUGGUAGGGUUUGUUCAUUCCGUAAUGACUGAUUGUGGCUUUCUAUGGCUUUCUAAUUCGCUCGGAACUCUACAUUGCAUCUUCUUGUUGGUCGGGAUCUGAGUGUCAUAGGCUGGGCUUAACGUUUGCAAUUUUUCCCGAGCCGCUGAUUGAAGAAUUUUG